AUCUCUCUCUUAUUCUCUUCUUAAGAACUUUCUCUCUCCUCACAAAACCCAAAUCAACCCUAUCAUCGCUUGCCCCCCCUUUUUUUUUACCCACUUCACCGGAAAACCGCGCUUUCUCUCUCCUACUUUUCAUCGGCGAUAUAAACUUUUUUCCGGCAAAAUACCCUAGAUUUUUCCCAAUAUUAUUCGAUUUUUAAGGAAAACAUAUAAUAAUUUCCCGAUUUUCCAAAAAAAGUUAAAAUUAAGGAGAACUAUUUUUAUUUUGAAAUAGUAGUCCCUCCUUAAUUUUUUUUCUGAUUUUCCGACCAAUUUUCCGACGUGGGUUUUUCGAGCAGGUUUUGCGCGCGAUUAUUAAUUUGUGUAUCUUUCUCUCUCCUCCUCUUUCAUUGAUACUUUCAAUUGAGCGCUGAUUUUUGCAGGAUUUGUUUCUGGUUUGCUGUGCUUUUGGCAUCAAUUUGGUAGCUUCUUUGUUAAUUCCAUGAUAGAGGAUGGCAUUUUUUAGGGACUAUUCGAGUGAGGCUGUCACCCACAGAGCAAUGGAGGACAAGAAUGCAAGUCAAAAUGUGAAUAGAGUCCACAAUUCGAUAGACAUAGACUUGAAUUCGAGUGAAAAUGAUUUUGAAAUGAAAAUGGAUGGGAACUAUCAAAGUGAUGGUGAACCAGAUAUUAAUAGACUACCAAACGAGAUUGCUGUUAAUGAUGGUGCUGAUUUAGGGCCAUCAACCUCCCAUACAUAUGAGAGAAGAAGUGGAAGUUCAGCUCCCAAAUGGGGGUCUAAUUUCUGGAAAGGUAGUGAACCUGUGGGCUCCCAUGAUGUUUCAGACUCUGGACACGAAUCUAGGAGUGGUUCUGAGUAUAGGAACGAUGAAGGGUCAGAAGGUAAUUCGUAUGGUGGGGAGGACAGAUUAGAAUUAGAAGAGUUUGAAGAGCAGAAGGAAACAGAAAAGAUUCCGGUAGAUGAGAUGUUGUCUGAUGAAUACUACGAGCAAGAUGGGGAUGAUCAGAAUGAUUCACUGCAAUAUAGAGGUUUGAACCCUGCUACUUUGAAUCCCAGACCACAAUCAAGGACCAUUGUGCCUACGAACUCGAGUUCACGAAAUCGGAGGAGACCUUAUGGUGACGCAGAUUAUGCAGAGGAAGAAGAUGAAGAAGAUGAUGACGGGGCUGAUGGAGAUGAUCCUGACGAUGCAGAUUUUGAUCCUGAAUAUGGGGUUGCUGGCGUGCCUCCACGGGAUAAGGAUGAUGACUGGGAAGUUGAAGAUUUAGAUGAAGAUGUUGAAAGUGAAGGAGAGCUUGAUAUUUCGGAUGAUGAUGAUUUAUACUAUACGAAGAAGCCCAGGGUUGGUCAACGAGGCAAAAUUGGAAGAAAUGCCAAGGCUAGUAAGGGACAAAGAUCUCUCUCUGCCCCUACUCGAAGAAGAAAAGGUAGGGUAUCAGAUGAUGAAUUUUCUGCUGAGGAUUCUGACGAUGAUAGUGAUGAGGUUGUUAGGACAAGGAGAGGUGUACAUCCUCGCAAAAACAGCAAUCUUGCACGCCAAAAUGAAACCCGCACUUCAAGCAGGUCAAUUUGCAAGGUUUCGUACGCUGAAAGUGAGGAAAGUGAAGAAGUUGAUGAAGGGAAAAAUAAGAAGUCACAGAAGGAGGAUUUUGAAGAAGAGGAUGCUGAUGCAAUUGAAAGGGUUUUGUGGCAUCAGCCAAAGGGAAUGGCUGAGGAAGCUAUGAAAGCCAAUAAAUCCACUCAACCUGUAUUGUUAAGCCACUUUUUUGAUACUGAACCAGACUGGAACGAAAUGGAAUUCUUGAUUAAGUGGAAAGGCCGAUCUCAUCUACACUGUCUGUGGAGACCAUUAGAUGAGUUGCAAAAUCUCAGUGGUUUCAAGAAGAUUUUGAAUUACAUGAAAAAGGUUGCUGAGGAUGUAAGGUUUCGGAUGUCGGUAUCCCGUGAAGAGAUUGAAGUCCAUGAUGUGAGCAAAGAAAUGGAUUUGGAUCUGUUCAAACAAAAUUGUCAGGUGGAGAGAAUAAUUGCUGAUAGGAUCAACAAAGAUAGCUCAGGUGAGGUGAAUCCUGAGUAUCUAGUGAAGUGGCAAGGGCUAUCUUAUGCUGAAGCCACCUGGGAAAAAGAUGUGGAUAUUGGAUUUGCUCAGACUGCUAUCGAUGAAUACAAGGCUCGUGAAGCUACUAUAGCAGUGUUGGGGAAAACUGUGGAUGCGCAGCGUAAGAAGAGCAAAGGAAGUUUGCGGAAACUGGAUGAGCAGCCUGAAUGGCUGAAAGGGGGAAAAUUACGUGAUUAUCAGCUUGAAGGCUUAAAUUUUCUUGUGAACAGUUGGAGAAAUGAUACUAAUGUCAUCCUUGCUGAUGAAAUGGGUCUUGGUAAAACUGUUCAAUCGGUUUCUAUGCUUGGUUUCUUACAGAAUGCUCAACAAAUCAAUGGCCCUUUUCUUGUUGUCGUUCCGUUGUCUACAUUGUCCAAUUGGGCAAAAGAAUUUAGGAAAUGGCUUCCAGAUAUGAAUAUUGUUGUAUACGUGGGAACUCGUGCUAGCAGAGAGGUUUGUCAGCAGUAUGAAUUUUACAAUGAAAAAAACACAGGCAGGUUGAUCAAGUUUGAUGCAUUGUUGACAACCUAUGAAGUUAUUCUAAAGGAUAAGGCAGUGCUGUCAAAGAUCAAGUGGAGCUAUCUUAUGGUUGAUGAAGCUCAUCGGUUAAAAAACAGUGAAGCUUCUUUAUAUACUGCUCUCUUGGAUUUUAGCACCAAAAACAAGUUACUCAUUACUGGCACUCCGUUACAGAAUAGUGUAGAGGAGCUAUGGGCUCUGCUUCACUUCUUGGAUCCUGAUAAGUUUAGGAAUAAAGAUGUUUUUGUUCAAAAUUAUAAAAAUCUUAGCUCAUUCAAUGAGAUUGAGCUUGCAAAUCUUCACCAGGAGUUGAGGCCUCACAUCCUUAGGAGAAUUAUCAAGGAUGUGGAGAAAUCUUUGCCGCCUAAAAUCGAACGAAUUCUUAGGGUUGAAAUGUCCCCGCUGCAGAAACAGUAUUAUAAGUGGAUUCUGGAACGAAACUUCCAUGACUUGAACAAAGGUGUUAGGGGAAAUCAGGUUUCACUACUGAAUAUUGUGGUGGAAUUGAAAAAGUGUUGCAAUCAUCCCUUCUUAUUUGAAAGUGCUGAUCACGGUUAUGGUGGUGAAACAAAUGAUGGCAGUAAACUUGAGCGAAUGAUUCUUAGUAGUGGAAAGCUAGUGAUACUUGAUAAGCUGCUUGUGAGACUACAUGAAACAAAACAUCGUGUUCUUAUAUUUUCCCAGAUGGUGAGACUGUUGGACAUAUUGGCAGAGUAUUUGUCUCUGAGAGGUUUCCAGUUUCAGAGGCUUGAUGGUAGUACGAAGGCUGAGUUACGACAUCAGGCUAUGGAGCAUUUUAAUGCUCCAGGAAGUGAUGACUUUUGCUUUCUUCUCUCAACACGGGCUGGUGGGCUGGGCAUAAACCUAGCAACUGCAGACACUGUUAUUAUAUUUGAUUCAGACUGGAACCCUCAGAAUGAUUUGCAGGCAAUGAGUAGAGCUCACAGGAUCGGACAGCAAGACGUUGUUAAUAUCUACCGAUUUGUAACAAGUAAAAGUGUUGAAGAAGAUAUACUUGAACGGGCAAAGAAAAAGAUGGUCCUUGAUCAUCUGGUUAUCCAGAAGCUAAAUGCAGAGGGUAGACUGGAGAAGAAAGAGGCCAAGAAAGCAGUUACCUUUGACAAAAAUGAACUUUCAGCAAUAUUGAGGUUUGGAGCUGAGGAGCUAUUUAAGGAAGAGAAGAAUGAGGAGGAAAGCAAAAAGAGACUGUUGAGCAUGGAUAUAGAUGAAAUUCUUGAAAGGGCAGAGAAGGUUGAGGACAAGGGAAUCGAAGGGGAGGAAGCAAACGAGCUUCUCAGUCAGUUUAAGGUUGCGAACUUUUGCAGUGCAGAGGAUGAUACUAGUUUCUGGAGCCGCUGGAUAAAGCCAGAAGCUGUAGGGCAAGCAGAGGAAGCAUUAGUUCCUCGAGGGGCAAGAUUUACUAAGAGCUAUGUGGAGCCUGUCCAACCAGAUGGAAGCAACAAAAGGAAAAAGAAGGAAACUCCGUCAAUGAGGGUAAAUUCAAAACGUCGUAGAGGAGAAUCUUCUCAUAUGGUCCCAAUGAUUGACGGAGCCUCAGCUCAAGUAAGGGAUUGGUCUUAUGGGAAUUUGCCGAAGAGAGAUGCAACCCGAUUUGCAAAAGCUGUUAUGAAGUUCGGCAAUCCAAGCCAGAUUGAUCUAAUUGCAACUGAGGUUGGUGGUGCAAUUGAGGCAGCUCCAGUAGAAGCGCAGAUUGAACUUUUUGAUGCUCUAGUUGAUGGAUGUCAAGAGGCAACUAAAGGAGAAAUUAUUGAUCCGAAGGGACCUCUGUUAGACUUCUUUGGUGUUCCUGUUAAGGCGAAUGAUAUGCUAAGUCGUAUAGAGGAGCUCCAGCACUUAGCCAAGCGGAUCGGUCGAUAUGCAGAUCCUGUUUCGCAAUUCCGAGUGCUAAGGUAUUUGAAACCUGCAAAUUGGUCAAAAGGGUGUGGUUGGAAUCAAAUUGAUGAUGCAAGAUUGCUUUUGGGUGUGUAUUAUCAUGGUUUUGGCAAUUGGGAAAAAAUUAGGUUGGAUGAAAGGCUUGGUUUAACAAAGAAGAUCGCCCCAGUUGAGCUUCAAACACAUGAAACGUUCCUUCCUCGUGCUCCGAAUUUGAAGGAUCGUGCUUCUGCACUUCUUGAAAUGGAGAUCAGUGCUGUUGCCGGUCAGAAGUCUAAUCCCAAGGGUCGCAAAUCUGCAAAGAACAUAGAGAGUUGCAAUGUACCAAGGCCUCGCGGAAGAGGCAGAGGUAGGCCAAGCUCCCCUAAACUUUUAACCCAGAUGGAGAAAACUAGGUCCAAGAGAAGCCAGAAACUCGAACCUUUAGUUAAGGAGGAAGGUGAGAUGUCAGAUAAUGAAGAAGUAUAUGAGCAAUUUAAGGAAGUGAAAUGGAUGGAAUGGUGCGAAGAUGUAAUGAUGGAUGAGGAAAGAACGUUGAAACGUCUUCAGAAGUUGCAAACUACCAGUGCUGACCUUCCCAAGGAGAAGGUACUCUCAAAGAUCCGAAAGUAUUUGCAACUUGUUGGCAGGAGAAUUGACCAAGUUGUAUCUGAACACGAGCGUGAACUGCAUAAACAAGACCGAAUGAUGACGAGAUUAUGGAAAUACGUGUCAACCUUUUCUAAUUUGACGGGGGACAGAUUGUGUCAAAUUUAUACCAAACUAAAGCACGAACAGGAAGAUGAAGCUGGGGUAGGACCAUCCCACAUCAAUGGACAUAAUGCUUUUCAACGUCAGUCUGCGAGAUUGAAGGGACUAAAGAACAACAACUCAUAUCAAACAGCUGAACCAGGUCUUAAAGUCCAUGAUCCAGCCAAGUUUGAGGCUUGGAAACGGAGAAAGAGGGCCGAGACUGAUGCUUUCUUAGAGGCUCAAGGCCCUUUUCAGAAACCCGUGAGCAAUGGCCCGAGAUUGCCAGCAUCCAAUUCCUUGGGAAUACUGGGUGCUGCACCAGUACCACCUGACAGCAGACCAUAUAAUAAUGACAGGCCAUAUAAGAUGCGUCAAGGUGGCUUUCAGCAGAGGCAAGGCAUUAGGUAGCUUUCCCAUGUUGGUGGAUUGAGUCCUGUUGAUGUAGGAAUUACGCCAGAUGGCUAUUCCACUUUGAUGGGGGCGUCCCCUUGCACCGACUAGCGCCUCGAUAUAUUUUUUGGCCCAUGGGAGUAAAUAAAAUUCUAUCUGUCGACGUUAUGGCCAAUUCUAAGACUUGGCAUGCCAGAUUAAGAGCAUCCCGGUCUGCUCCAGUGGCUGAGAAAACAGUCAUCUACACUUGGAUAUCAUCAGUGGCAAGUAGCAAAAAGAAAGAAGAGGCAGUUGAGCAGCCUUGCACAUAAUCUGUGUUUUGUACUACUCUAGCAGAUAGAGGCCGACCAUUUGUUUACAAGUAUAGCUUAAAUUAGAGAAAAGAAAUGUAGAGAAAAGGUCUUUAACCUAGUUUUUGUAAGUCACCCAUACAGGGUAGAUGAUACCGUACUUACUGCGCCCUAAGAAAGAUGUACAUUGUGCAAGUUUUGUUAUCAAAUUUUGGUCACCGCAAGCAUCCCUGUAAUUACUUUUUGAUUUUUGGUAAAAGUUUACUUUCCCUUUUAUACAGCCA